UAAAAAUAGGUCCCUUUGGUAUUCUUUUGCUAUCCUGUGUACAAUUUAAAUUUUUAAUGAAAGGGUCUGAUGUAACUUUGUGUAAUUAAUGUUGCUUGGUCUCACUAUAAUCUCCAUUAUAAUCACAAAAAAACUCAGUUGCUCUUGAAAAGGCAACAUGUGGACCUAAGGUGAAGUUCUGCCGUUAUCUGAUGAAACCUGACUGAGCAGCGUGAAGUCUGAUUCACACAUUCAAAAAAGUUGUCUACAUCCACCCAUCUAUUCACCUGUCUGUCUCGCUGUCUGUCUGCUGGGGAGGGAUGGAGCUUUUGCCAUUUGAUAUUUCACCUGAAAGUCCCAGAGAUUCAUACCUGCACUCAUCGACCAAUCACAGGUCCAGCUCUGUUAACAGCACCUGGGAGCCUGAUGGCGUCACUUUCUUCAUCAUCCAGGGCCUUGCUAAACUUGGCGAGAAAGGGAUGAUUCUUUUUGUCAUCCUGCUGCUGGGUUACAUCAUCAUCCUGGGAGGAAACAGCAUGAUCAUCUUUGUGGCGUUGACUGAUCCAAAGCUCACCACUCCCAUGUAUUUCUUUCUCUACAACCUCGCCAUUGUGGACAUCGUCUACACCACCACCACCAUCCCCAAAAUGCUCUGCGGUUUCCUGACAGACAUGAAUACCAUUUCCGUCCCAGGCUGCUUCCUCCAGAUGCAUUUCUUUAUUCAGCUAGCCGUUACCGGCUAUGCCAUCCUGACUGUCAUGGCGUAUGACCGCUACGUGGCCAUCUGCAACCCUCUGCGCUACACUGCCAUCAUGACCCGGCCCGUCCAACUGCUCCUCAUCAUAGGAGCCUGGGGCUUCAGCAUCUUCUGCACGCUGCCAGCGACCUCCAUGACCUGGCAGCGGCCUUACUGUGGCCCGAAUGUGGUUAGGAAUGCCUGGUGCGACCUGUCGUCUGUAAGGCAGCUGGUGUGCGCUGACACCUCCGUGGAUAACAUUGUGUCCGUUUCUUUCGCCGUAUUGGCGCUACUGACCACAGGAGUUCUCAUCCUCACCUCCUAUGUCCUGAUUGGUGUUUCCAUGUUGAAGAUGGGUGUUGCUCAGAGGCUGAAGGCCUUUGGAACGUGUGCCGCCCACCUGACUGUGGUGUCCAUCUCUUACAGCUCAGCCUCGUGUGUAUUCAUCUCCUACCGGGUGGGAAACAUUUCACCAGAGGUUCGCAUCAUUGUGUCUGUGCUGUUCUCCGCUCUAACUCCUUUCCUAAAUCCGAUGAUCUACAGUGUGAGGAACAAGGAGCUGCGAGAGUCCGUCAGAAGGACUCUGAGCAGGUUCAGACCUGCAGCUGUGUUACCCAAGAAGGACGUCACAGUGUCCUGACUGCGAAAGAAAACCUGCCACUGGACACCCACAAACUGGAGAGAGAAAAGGCAACUGAACAUCCAGAGUGACUGUCUUGCACAAAAACUUAUUUAGAAAUUACAUGAUGUCUUUUUUAAUUUGUAUACUGUGCUAAUAAUAUGUUUGUUCAGCUAUCUAUACACAAAACUUACUAUGUUAAAUUUGCAUUCAAGAGUCCCAUUAAACUAGUUAAUGAUCCUUUUAAUUAAAUAUGUUAAUUAACAGUCCCCUCUCAUUGGAGAACUGCUUUUACCAGCUAUGAAUGGAUGGAUCAAUAUUACAAUAAAUUUAGUUUUUUUUUUCAAAAAGU